GGCGGCGCGCGCUCCUCGGCGCCGUGAGGGGGAGCGGGGCCGCCAUGUUGGCCCCGGGGGCGGCGGGACGGGCCCUGAGGCGGGUCCUGGGCCUGAGCCGGGGGCUGCUGAGCCCGGGAGCACCGGGAAUGGCGGCGGGACGGGCCCUGGGCCUGAGCCGGGGGCUGCUGAGCCCGGGAGCACCGGGAAUGGCGGCGGGACGGGCCCUGGGCCUGAGCCGGGGGCUGCUGAGCCCGGGAGCACCGGGAAUGGCGGCGGGACGGGCCCUGAGCCAGGGGCUCUUGAGGCCGGGGACACCGGGAGUGGCGGCGGGACGGGCCCUGAGCCUGAGCCCUGGCCUGGGCUCGGUGGUGGUGGAGCGCGUGUGGCCGGUGCCGCUGGCGCGGCUGGGAGCGGCUCCCCGGUUACACCCGCGCCGGCACCGCGUCUUCCGCCUGCUGAGGGACGGGAAGCACCUGCCCCGCUCCCGCAUGGAGCUGCUCCUGACCCGCUCCGUGCAGGGCGUGGGGCGGCGCGGGGCCGUGGUGAGCGUGGGGCAGCGCCUGGGCAGGAACCGGCUCCUCCCGCAGGGCCUGGCCGUGUAUCCCACCCCGGAAAACCUGCGGAUCUUCCAGGAUCAGGACAAGCUGGCUCAGGAGGGGAAGCUGGAGGAGCUCCAAACCCCGAGCGGGCAGAAGACUCUGGAAUUCCUGCGGCGCUGCCGGCUCCAGGUGGGGAUGAAGAACAACGUGAGCUGGGAGCUCAGCCCCGACAUCGUGGCCCGGCACUUCCUCAAGAACCUCGGGGUGUUUGUGCCCCCCCACGCCCUGCGCCUGCCACCAGAGCCCAUCCGGCGCUGGGGACACUUCUGGUGUGACGUCACGGUGAACGGGCUGGACACUGUUCGUGUUCCCAUGGACGUGGUGCAGUUCCUGCGCCCCAAAACCAAACGCUUCUGGCACUGGCGGGAGCAGCAGCGGCAGCAGCUGGAGAGGAGCCGGGAGCAGCUCCUCUGACACCCCCGAGGCUUUUGGGGUCCCCCCCAGAAGGAUUUGGGGUCCCCCCAGAGGAUUUGGGGCCGUUUCCCCCUCUUUGGGACCCCCCUGAGCUCUGGAAGUCCCGGACAUCUCCCGAUUCCCAGAGCAGCAGCUCCGGAGUUUUGGGGUUGUCCUGAGCCCCCCCAAAUCCCCCUGAACCCCACUCUGCCCCAGGGGGGGCCCUGGCGGGGAUUUGGGGUCCCCAGAAUGGGUUUGGGUCCCCAGAAUGGAUUUGGGGUCCCCAGAAUGGAUUUGGGGGGUCUCUGGGAUGGGUUUGGGGUCCCCAGAAUGGAUUUGGGGUCCCCAGGAUGGAUUUGGGGUCCCCAGAAUGGAUUUGGGGUCCCCAGGAUGGAUUUGGGGUCCCCAGGAUGGGUUUGGGGGUCCCCAGGAUGGGUUUGGGGUCCCCAGGAUGGAUUUGGGGUCCCCAGAAUGGAUUUGGGGUCCCCAGGAUGGAUUUGGGGUCCCCAGGAUGGGUUUGGGGUGGUUUUGGGACCCUCCUCCCCCAUAGGGAGCUCCAGGAGCAGCAGCUCCCUGGAAAAGGGGGGAUUUUGGGGGGAUUCCCAGGAUUUUGGGGGGCCGUGGGAUUCCUGCGACCCCCAAACCCCCCAGGACCCCCCAAACCCCACAGGGGAUCCCCAGGAUGGGAUUUUGGGGGGGGGGGUUCCACCCUUGGGACCCCCCCUCAUGGGAACUCCAGGAGCAGGAAUUCCCCUGGAGAAGGAGGAUCGGGAUUUGGGGAAUCCCAGGAAUUUUUGGGGGGUCCCAAAUUUUUUUGGGGGGGGUCUCAGGGAUUUUUGGCAGCUGCAGGAUUUGGGGAAGAAAAGGC